UCCUCCCUUCCUGUCGCUUCCGACGAAACAUCUGCGCUUCUUUUAAAUAGUGUUGCUCAAAGCGGUCCUUAUAACUGUAGGCUACACCAUCACAGAAACAACGCUUUUAAAGAACCAUGAGCAGAAAAUACAGGAAAAAACUCUCUAGAGAUGAUAUGCGUGCCGUUGGGUUUGACUUCAUAGAAUUUCUGGAUGACAGGGAAAGGAGAUCCACUACAGAUAGAAACACUCUCAAAGAGAUCUACAACGAGCAGUUCCGAGACAGGGAUGGAGUCAGAGAUCCAAACUUCUCUUCAGUUCUCUUUGCUUUGACACGUUCCAGCAGAACUAGAGUCACAAGAUCAGAAGUUUUCUUUGACAAAAAAAUUCGAGUGAGGCAGAAUGAUCAAUGGUCCAGAUCCUAUCGCAGCCAACAAAACCAUGCUACACCCCAUCUUAAUGAUACUAGUUCACAGCCAUCCACUAGUACCCAUGUUUCUGAUCCCCCAUCAGAAAAUAGUGUCAUAGCAAGGAGAAGGCUGGCAAAAACCAUAAUGCGCCAAGGAAACAGUGAAGACAUGUCUGUGUUUUUUGCUGAUAAAUAUGGCGUACGGGUGUCCUCAGAGCUACAAAUAGACGAUGGCAAGAUUCAAUGGUGUGUGGAAGGGGCAGAAGUUCAUGAGCUGAAGCUGUUUGUGGAGAACACGGGUCAGGAGGCCAUACUUUUCACAUGUUUCUCUGCUCUUCACUACCUACAGUAUUUCACUCUCUACGACAGCCAGAGAGUCACAAAUGAUAAUCCACACCGUCUGGAGCCAAAUGAGACGUAUGAAGUGAUCUUAAGAUUCAAAUCAGAUCAGAUGGGAGUUUAUCCAGCCACUCUGGCGUUUGAGUUCAAGGAAAACCAAGACACCCGUCCUUUCCACAUUGUGCGCUUCAUUGAGACACAGCACAGGUCUGAGCUCACAGCGCAGCUGGGUCCCACAGAGCCAUUCAGACCUAAGAGGCUUGACACCAAUCAACCAAUAAAGUGGAACAUUGAAGAGGGCAUUCGACCUGAGAGUUCUUCUCAAAACUUGCUGAAAUUUGUGGUGCCACUGGACAAAUACUUUUGUCCUUCUUACACCUCUGCCUUAAUUGAAGUCCUGAAAGGAAACCAUUCUUCUGGAAAACAGCUUCAGGAACAUCAGUUAACUCUGGAGAGUGAUUUGAGUUUUCAUAACUAUAUGGACCGCUUUGAUUUGCUUCUGUACCUGGAGGAGGAUCAGAUGCGUAUGGACAUCAAGAGAUAUAACAAAAAGGAUGUGUCCAUGGUGAGGGAUCGAGAUAAAAGACUGCUGGUCUUAGAGCUCCCUGGUGUCUCAGAAAACAGGCCUUCAGUCCUGAGAGGAGAUCACCUGCUUCUUACUAAGAGCGAGGAGCUUCAAAACUCAAAUGUGACCAAAUACAAGGGAUAUGUCCACAGAGUGGAACUGGAUCAGGUCAAACUGGGCCCUUCCAAAAGGCUGCUUGAAAAUUUCAUAGACAAUAUGAAAUUCAGUGUGGAGUUUACAAUCAACCGUCUUCCAUUACAACUGCAACACAGAGCAGUUCAUAUGGCGGUCCAGCACAACCUCAAAGAUGUGCUGUUCCCUGUGGCCUCAAGAAGCCUGAACCCUGUGUCUCCAUCUGCUCUGAGACUCUUUGAUCAAAAGCUUGAGAAGAACCCUGAACAGAAAACUGCAGUGUGUAACAUUGUGGCCGGUACAUCCAAACCAGCACCGUAUUUGGUUUUUGGACCUCCAGGCACUGGUAAAACUGUCACGAUAGUGGAGGCCAUCAAACAGGUGGAGAGGAGUACAGGUGGUGCCCGUAUCCUUGCUUGUGCUCCAUCUAACAGUGCUGCUGAUCAACUGGGCGAAAAGUUGAUUACUAGUCAACAUGUUGAUGCACGGAACAUAUACAGAAUCUACGCUAGCUCACGCAAUCCAAAAGACAUACCUAAAGUUCUAGAGAACAACAGUAAUGUGGAAGGAGACACGAUUAUUUUUCCAUGUAAAGAGGAUCUAAUGACCUACAAGAUCGUGGUCUGCACUCUGGUCACUGCCGGCAGGCUGGUCAGUGGGGGGUUUCCUGUUGGCCAUUUUUCUCACAUCUUUGUGGACGAAGCUGGUCAUGCUGUGGAGCCAGAGAUCAUCAUCAGUGUGGCAGGACUGCUCAAUGCAGAGACUGGACAGCUUGUUCUUGCCGGAGACCCCAAACAACUGGGGCCAAUCCUGAGAUCUCCCUUUGCCAUUAAAUAUGGACUAGGUCUUUCAUUGUUGGAGAGGCUGAUGACACAAAAUGAACUUUAUCAGAAGGGUGAUACAGGGUUCGACAACCGUUACGUCACUAAGCUGCUGCAGAACUACAGAUCUCAUCCAUCCAUUCUGAAGGUACCUAAUGAGUUGUUCUAUGAUAAUGAACUGAAGGCACGUGCAGAAGAGGUCAGCUCCCAUGAGUACUGCACGUGGGAACACCUGCCCAAAAGAGGCUUUCCUGUGAUUUUCCAUGGAGUGGUUGGAAAGGAUGAGAGAGAGUCAACCAGCCCAUCUUUUUUCAACACGUCUGAAAUAGACAAAAUCAUAGACUACCUGAAAAAGCUGCUCCUGACACAGGCCAAGAAGGGAAUUGCAAAAAUCUCCCCCAAAGAUAUUGGCAUCAUCGCCCCCUACAGGAAACAGGUGGAGAAAAUCCGGCAGGCCAUCAAGAUUCACAGGGAACUUAAAUCUCUCUCGGGCAUUGAAGAGCUGAAGGUUGGUUCAGUGGAGGAGUUUCAAGGCCAGGAGAGGAAAGUGAUCAUUGUCUCAACCGUUCGCAGCAGCAAGGAGCACAUGAUUUUGGAUGACAAAUUCAACAUUGGGUUUCUGAAGAAUGAGAAGAGAUUCAAUGUGGCAGUGACGAGAGCUAAAGCCCUGCUGAUCAUGGUGGGAAACCCUAUUAUUCUGCGGACAGACGAAAUCUGGGGCAGGUUUAUGAACUACUGCAUUCAGGAGGGAGGUUAUACUGGAUAUGAUAUUUCCAGUUUGGAAGAAACAGAUGUGAUUGCUGAGCGUUUGCUCAGUCUUAACAUCAGGCAGGAGAUCACUGUGGAAACUGAGGAGAGUGUGGUCCAGCAGUUUUUGAGCCCUCCAUGGAGACAUGAACAUUAAAAUCAUUCAUUGAAAGUCAUUAAAAUGAAACGUCAUUAAAGCCCCUCCCGAUAAGUCUCGCAUUAUCAUAGCCAUGUUAUUUUAGAGUGUUUAUCGAGAAGGAUCAUUUUAACAUUAAACUGCACACGAUAUUUGAACAUUGCAUUAAAUUUGCAAUUUCAACCAGCCUCAAAAAAAAAAAAGGAAAUUUCCAAAUGCUGUAUGCUGUACGUCACUCCAGCAAAACAAUGAGUAACCAGAUCGGUGGGUGGGACUAAAAAAGUAGUUUUUUUUUUUGACCAUGUUGUUUUUUUUGCCUCAGGUCAUAGUCAUGGUUUGGUUUAGGCUUCAGGUAAGGGAGAUCAUUUUCAACUUCAUUGCAUGAUUUAAAAACAACCACCAUUUUCAACACACACACACACAAAGUCUGAAUUGCCCAUAUUUGCUCUGCAGAUUUCAUUCUCCAAGAUUCUAGUGAGCUUUGAAAUUGUUGAAAAGCCAAUUCAUGUAUUCUGUUUGGUCAUUGAUCCUCAAGGAACAGGUUUUUACACCAUUGAUCUAUGUAGUAGAAAGUAGAAAGGUUAUUUUUACCUUUUUAAUUUGCUGGAGACUUGGCAUAAUGCUGCCAUUUUGUAGAAGCUCAGGAUCGUUUAAAAGGUUGCUAUAUAAAUUAUUUUUGAAACUGCAGUGCCUUAUUUCAUGAAACAGCAGCAAUCGAAUAAUAUUCUAAUUCAUGAUACAGUAACAAUUUUGUUUGUGUUCCCAAUUGGCUAGGGAACGUUUUAAAGGAGCUAGAGGUUUACACCAGUGUGUUUUCAAUGUAUCAAAUUCAUAAUUUAAUUUAAAUAAACUUUUGGACUGAAGUUGUUGCAUGUUAGAUUAAAAAAUAAGUGGUAAAUCAGCAGACAUAUUAACAUGAUUCUUUUGUCAAAAAAACAGAAAUCUGCAUUAUAGAUACUUGUUAAAUUAUGGUUUCUCAAGCGAACUUCAAAAUGUGCUGCAUGCCAUGGUGUGUUAUUUAAUUUACAUUCAAUGACCUUCUUUAUUAUUAUUUCCUUGCUAAGAAAUUCAGUAAUUUGGUGUUUUUACUUGAAUAUGGUUUAUUUUGACACUAAAAGCAGUUUAUACAGUGUCUGUUGCAACCAAAAAUAAAACAUGAAAAUAUGUUGUUAA